AUAAAGCAGGUCUGAGUUACACUGAAAUUUCUUCCCGUGAACAACAUUUGGUAGUUGUGGGUUGGCGGGAAACGUGUGGUGAGCCUGGUGAGGUAUGUCAUGUAAGAAAAAGGAAUAACAAAUUUAAGAUGCUGACAACAACACAAUUCCUCACUGAUGCAGACACUCAAAAAUUUGCAGCAGUCCUGAAGUUGUACCCUAAUGCUCUCAAGAUCAAAGCAUCCCUAAAGAAGAAGCAGGGUGAGAGCCUUGAAAAACUUGAUAAAUGGUACCAAGAUGAACUAGGUCGGGAUGCACAGUCACGAAAACCACCAUACAUAACACGUGAUGAACUCGUGCGCCUCAUGGGCUGGAAACUAUCUAGAGGGAAGUUUCGUCCACGCUUGAUGGAGUUAGCUGGAUCCAACAGUGAUGAAAGUGUUCAAAAGGCAUCUCAGCAAGGGAUUCAUCUGGCCCAAAAAGAUAAAAUACAGGAUGCCAUUAAAGCUUUAGUUGUUCUGAAGGGUAUUGGUCCAGCAACGGCAUCUGGCAUACUAGCAGCAUGUGUUCCAGAGAAGUGUUGCUUCUUUGCAGAUGAAGUAGCACAUGCCAUCCCAUCUCUGGCUUCACUCAAGUACAAUGCUGCUGAAUAUGAAGUGCUGAACUCUGAAAUGAUUAAUUGUGCAAAGCGACUCAAUUGUGAGGCCCAAAAAGAAGAUGAGAAAGAAAAUGGUCUUGAGAAAUGGACUCCACACAAAGUUGAACUUACAAUUUGGACUUACAGUCUUCUCCAUCAAAAUAAUUCUGAAUUACUGUCAGACAUAAGUGGAAAACGGAGAACCAGUGACAAGGAAGAACACUUGUUAAAGAAACAGAAAAAGUAGAACUUACUCACUUCAGAGGAAAUUGAAGAAUAUUACAGAAAGUAAGUUUAUCUGUUAAAUUAGAGUACAGUACACUUUAGUUGUUUGUUUGUCCCAGGUAACUGAUAAUAAAAAUUCUCACACCUGGAAAAUGGAUGUACAGUACUGUAUUAAUUUUAACAAGGAAGAGAACAAAAAUAGUACAACUGGCUAUAAAUAGGUGACAAAAUAAAUAUAUAAUUAUUUUAUACAAUAUAUAUAAAUCAUCCUUAUCAUUUAAGAGUACAUGUAUUGAACAAAUUAUGAUUCUAUGGUAAAAAGCUACCACUUCAGAAAUUACAUUUUCAGAGCAUUAACAUUAAAUAUGUACCAUUCCUUGCCACAUUAGCUGUUGUUUCAGUAAUUUGUUUCUCAUUUUAUUAAAAAACAAAAACACUUGGCAAUGUUACAUAGUAGUCUUAAGAUUAUGUGGAUUACAGCACUGUUAGUAUGGCAAUAAAACCAGAAACAGUUGA